CUAGAGGACGGGAGACGGGAGCUAGAAGCUAUCGUCACCGAGGGUGAUACGCGAAUUGGGGAGAUUCAUCGCGCACGGGAGGCUGCCAUCCCGUACCCUGAGCUGUUAGCCUACGCGCAGAGCUUAAGUGCCUUCACAUCCGCACCACCAAAUAUGCCCGAAACCGCGCCUCCAGGACUGCCGCAGGCUCCACCACCACUCUUCUUCCCUCCAUUUCCGAACGAAGAGAAGAUGCGCCGUGGACACCUCAACGCUGAAGCUCCCCUCGGCGUCCCGGGCGAGACGCACUCCGUCGGACGCCGUACGUCCUCUCGCUCACCGUCGCCGUCAUCUCCUACAGAUCAGCUUGCGCACGCGCACGCAAAUCCGUACCGCCCGCACGACUCGCGUCCGCCGGUCGAGAUAUUCGAUCUCGAUCUCGACCUGAACCCCGACCUAUAA